GAGGAUUCAGGUAAAAAAUAUUGAAACGAUCAUCAGAAACUUGUCUUAAAAUGAAAAGGGUCUAAAGCUUAAGAGAUUAGGAGAGAAAUUCCUGCGGAAAAUUAUUGUCAUGCAAAAAAAUGAAGAAAAUAUUUUUCUCAAAUUUUUCUCAGGUAGUUAAAAAAAAUUCUGAAGCUUCAGUUCUAGUUUCGCCGUCGACCUGAUCAAGUCAAUUUGGAAAAUCUGAGACUAUCCUCAACAGAAAAAACAUUUUCACAAUGAAGUGCCACCUUUUUGUGAGUUUGAUUCUCGUUAGUAGUGUUCUUGGUGGCAAAAUAACGCGUCAAAUAGCAAAUGACAAUACACAAAUUGCACAGAAUUAUGAACAAUUUCCAAAUAAUGGAAUUCCAUCGGAAAAUAAUGCGAGGAUAUUUAGUCAAGAGGAUCUAACGUUUCCGGCUCGAUAUUUCUAUCCAACAUAUCCUGAAUAUUCAGAGUAUAGAUAUGCUCCCAGUGGAUAUAAUGGAGCUGUGAUAAAAUUACCAAUCCCAACGGAACAACCAAUUUCAAGUUGGACAACUGCUUUGGCAAAAUUAAUUCCAAUUUCGAGUUUUGCAUUAUUGUAUAGUGCAAAAGCGGGAAUUCUCCUCUCCAGUGUAUUGUUAAUUUUAAUAUUGGGCCUUGUUUUCACAACGACAAUUUGUACAUUCACACCACUUUGUACAAUUUCCUUUCCUGCUCUCGCACUCACCAGAAAUCAAAUAAAAGAACAGGUUGCAGAAUUAGCGAAAAAUUACAUAACGCCAGAAUCUCUGAACGCGGCAACGAUUCUUGUUCAGGAGGCUGUUGAAAAGUACACGAGAAUCCAAUCAGAAGAAGACAAAAAGGAGACGUCAACAUUUGAAACACUAUCGACCGUUGAAUCAACAGCUUCUUCCAUUCAAAUACAAAGUUCAACGAAUGAAACAACAUCCACAACUGAAUCUACAGUACUAGUUUAAAUUUAAUUCUUUUCUACUUUACUUGAAGUCUACAGUAUUAGUUUAAUUUUAAUUAGUUUCUUCUUCAAUUUGUUUGUAUAGUUAGUGUAAAAUUUUAACUAAAUAAAGCGUUUUUUAUAGUAAAGAAAAAAAUCAAACUGAUUAUUUGAUAGAAAAAUAUAUUCAAUUUAUUUUCAAUAAUCUUUUGAGAUUUCCUCUCUUGACAUGCAAAAUAAUUCAGUAAAAAAUGUUCAGUAUACGAUCUUCCUCGAUAAUCUUCUCAUGU